ACCAUUUAGCGAACAAAUAAAGAUUAUUUCUAGUCUGGUGACUCAUUAAAUUGAAGUGCAUAUGUUUAUUAGGGAGUUAACUGUAUUUUCUUGUAUUUAAAGAGUUAAAUUGUGAAAAAUGAUAAAAGCCUUUUAUUCAUUACUGACUUUAUCUCUGUUAUCUCAGUUAUUGUGGAGGUGAAAUACUUUUUUAUAAAAGCUUUUUCAGAUUUCCAAAGAAAGACGGUGUAAUUUCAGAGUUUUGAGCGGACAGUGAACGCAGCAGAAGCUCCGCCCCCUCGGCAGGUGUACUCUGCACCUUGUCCGGCUGGUUUCGUCAGGCGGAGACAAAUAGUUGCAGAAAGAAUGGCUCGCCUGGCGCUUUUCCUCCUCCUGGUUUGGACAGGAUCCCAUCUGGCCGGAGCUUUAGUCUUUGAGAUCCACAUCCGGGUGGUUGAAGGUCGGGCCGUCACCCUGCCGUGCCGCGCUCCCAACAUGGAGGACCCCGUCAAAUACCUGGAGUGGAGCCGAACCGACCAGAAGAUGUCCUACAUCAUUCUGUACCAGGACCAGCACUUCUACCCGGACUUCCAGGACCGGGCCUUCCGGGAGCGAGCCGUCCUGCUGGACCGGGACAUGAAGGAGGGCGAGGUGUCUCUGGUUCUGAGGAACGCCUCGGCGGGCGACAGCGGCGUGUACGAGUGCCGGGUGGUGCAGGCGGUGGGGAGGCGCCAGAAGAGAUCGGUUCUGAUGGCUGAGCCCAACAUGAUCAUCAAGCUGAGAGUCAGUCCAGAAAAUCAACUCCAUGACGACGACGACGCCUGGCUCAGCAGCAGGAGGAACCAGGAUGAGGACGGUGGUGAUGAAGAUGAUGCGUUCGUCCAGCAGUACCUGGCCUUCCUGCUGCCGGUCGUCGCCGUGACGGUUCCUCUGCUGGCGCUGACCACAUGCAAGUUAUUCAGAUCCUUUCUGUUGACGAGCUACAGACCCGCCUCCAAGUGACCCGAGGAGGAAAUGCUUCUGACAGCUUCCUGUUGGCUGUGGAGAGGAACGCUCUGCGACGCAAAAACACAAAAUAUUACCGAGUAUUUUUAGUCCAGUUUCUCCACCUGAAGCUAAAUGAGCGACUUUAUAUGAAGAGCAUAAAACUGAUACUUUAAUUCCAGGUUAUCGAUGUUAAGAUGCUGUUGGGGGUUAAUUUCACAUGAUCUGGUCUGUUUGUUAAAGACGUGAAGUCAGCCUCAGCCUGAGAAGGUUUGAGAAUCACUGAUAUAGAGUCUUGUUUUAAGUCAAUAGUUUCUUAGCAUUGAUUUUAAAAAUCUACUGAUUUUAAAAAUCUACUGAUUCCACUGG